AACUGUUCCUGGUUUUGCUGCUGUUAAGCCUGGCAGAGCCAGAGCCAGGUGCCAAUCUGAGCUGCAUGAGUGUGGCCUUUUGUCAGGUCUUUUAGCCACUACAAUUGCUGCUUUAAGUGUUGCUUGUCUGGUGCUGUGCUGGGACAUUCCAGCAAGCUUCUCCUGUUGCAUCUUCUGCUGUCUUUGUGAGUUAAAACCUGACCUGGAGUCUGGCUGUCGCAUGGUCCAGGUUGACAGAGGCAAAAAGACCCCAUCUUGGAUGUGUGGCCUAUUGUUCGAGAGAGAGACUCUGCAUCCUCAGUGGCAAAAAGACACCAUUUUUUAGCUGCUUUUAUUUAAGACUAAAGAACACUGGACACUGCUUUGGGUGAGAUAAAGGACUGUGAAAAUCUUUUACUUAAUAAGUCUCAGAAGUCAGACCUGUAAUAGCAUCCUACAACGAGGAAGGAAGUAAGAUUCUGGACAACCAUUUACUUUAUUGGGACACAAAAGUUGUUUUGAGUGGUAGAAUCAGGAAAAAUGGCUAAACGCACCUUUACCACAUUGGAAUCAUUGCUGAUUUUUGUUCUUGUGAUGAUGACGGCGAUCACAGUGGCCCUUCUCAGCCUCUUGUUUAUCACUAGUGGGAACAUUGAAAACCACAAAGGUUUCCCAAGCACCCAGAACCCUCCAACCACCAAGGGCUCCACAGCACCUCAAAGCUCAGUGCACCCCAUAACCACAAGCACCCAGAAUCCUCCAACCACCAAGGGCUCCACACCUACAGAGCCUCCUCUAUUUCAGAAUUUCAGUGGCUACCAUAUUGGAGUUGGGCGAGCUGACUGCACAGGACAAGUAGCGGAUAUCAAUUUGAUGGGUUAUAGCAAAUAUGGUCAGAAUGCAAGGGGCAUCCUCACAAGAUUAUACAGUCGUGCUUUCAUCAUGGCGGAACCUGAUGGGUCAAAUCGAACGGUGUUUGUCAGCGUUGACAUAGGCAUGAUAUCUCAGCGACUCAGGCUAGAGGUCCUGAACAGACUGAAGAGUAAAUAUGGCUCCCUGUACAGAAGAGACAACGUUAUCUUGAGUGGUACUCACACACACUCAGGUCCUGCCGGAUAUUUCCAGUAUACUAUCUUUGUAUUAGCCAGUGAGGGAUUUAGCAAUCGAACUUUUCAGUACAUGGUCACGGGCAUCAUGAAGAGCAUUGAGAUUGCACACAGAAAUAUGAAACCAGGCAAAAUCUUUAUCAGUAAAGGAAUGGUGAAUGAUACCCAGAUCAACCGAAGCCCUUCUUCUUACCUUCAGAAUCCACAGUCAGAGAGAGCAAGGUAUUCUUCAGACACGGACAAGGAAAUGGUAGUCUUGAAAAUGGUAGAUUUGAAUGGCGAUGACCUGGGCCUUCUAAGUUGGUUUGCCAUCCACCCAGUGAGCAUGAAUAACACCAACCAUCUUGUAAAUAGUGACAAUGUGGGCUAUGCAGCUUACCUUUUUGAACAAGAGAAGAACAAAGGAUAUCUACCUGGAGAGGGGCCCUAUGUAGCAGCUUUUGCUUCAUCAAACCUAGGAGAUGUGUCUCCCAAUACUGCUGGUCCACAUUGCAUCGACACGGGAGAAUCUUGUGAUAAUGCCAAUAGCUCUUGUCCCCUUGGUGGGCCCAACAUGUGCAUGGCCAUGGGACCUGGACAAGAUAUGCUGGACAGCACACAAAUUAUAGGACGGGCCUUAUUUCAGAAAGCAAAGGAAUUAUAUGCCUUAGCAACCCAGGAGGUGACUGGACCCCUGGCUUCAGCUCAUCAGUGGGUGAAUAUGACAGAUGUCACUGUCUUUCUCAAUUCCACACAUACAGCAAAAACCUGUAAACCAGCAUUGGGCUUCAGUUUUGCAGCUGGCACUAUUGACGGAGUUGGAGGCCUCAAUUUUACACAGGGGAUGACUGAAGGGAUUCCAUUUUGGGAAACUAUUCGAGAUCAGAUCCUAGGCAAGCCAUCUGAAGAAAUCAAAGAAUGUCAUAAACCAAAGCCAAUUCUUCUUCACACUGGUGAGCUGUCAUUCCCCAAUCCCUGGCACCCAGAUAUUGUUGAUGUUCAGAUUAUUACUAUUGGAUCCUUGGCUAUAACUGCUAUUCCUGGGGAACUGACGACCAUGUCUGGACGAAGACUUCGGGAGGCAGUUCAAGCAGAAUUUGCAUCUUAUGGGAGGCAGAAUAUGACUGUUGUUAUUUCCGGUCUAUGCAAUGUUUAUACACACUACAUUACUACCUAUGAAGAAUACCAGGCUCAGCGGUAUGAGGCAGCAUCUACAAUUUAUGGACCUCAUACUCUGUCUGCUUACAUCCAGCUUUUCAGAGUCCUUGCUAAAGCCAUUGCUACGGAUACAGUAGCCGACCUGAACAGUGGUCCAGAACCUCCAUUUUUCAAACAACUGUUGAUCUCAUUAAUUCCUAAUAUUGAGGAUAAUACACCGAUAGGCCAAAAAUUUGGGGAUGUCCUGAUACCACUGAAACAAAAAUAUAAAAUGGGAGAAGUUGCUGAAGUUACAUUUGUAGGUGCUAACCCAAAGAAUUCAGCAGAAAACCGGACCUAUCCGACCUUUCUCACUGUGGAGAAAUAUGAGGCCAUUUCAGGCAAAUGGGAGAUAGUGCAUAAUGAUGCUUCCUGGGAGACUCGUUUCUAUUGGCACAAAGGACUUUCAGGUCAUAGCAAUACAACAAUACAAUGGCAUAUUCCAGAGACUGCCCAGCCUGGAACCUACAGAAUAAAAUACUUUGGACACAGUCGAAAGCAGAACUUAUUCAAGCCCAUCCUGCUUCCAUUUGAAAGCUCUUCCUCCACUUUUGAAGUUACAACUACUUGGUAAAAAGUUGACAAAUCAUUUGAAGAACAGCUGCACUCUUAUUUACAUAAUUGAUUUUACAUGAAUGCAAACAUUAUGUUGACUUCUACAUUUGUCCCUGUUUGGGGCAGAGAGUUUACUGCUAAUGGGACAGAAGUGGUGUGUGUGUUGUGUGUGUGUUGUGUGUGCGUGCGCACAAGUGUGCACAACUCUGUCCCAUUUAUCUUGCUCUAGCAGCUUUGUAUCUGCUGGUCUAAAACCCUGUGACUUUUUAAAGGGACAGUUCCCUUCAUAUGAAAUCUCUGAAAUGUUGGAGUAAUUGAUGGAAUUAUUGAACAUUAGCACUGGAAAAGUUUAAAGAGAUCACCUAAUUUCCUAAUCUGAUCAUUUCAUUUUGCAGAUGAGAAAAAUGAAGUUUUGUGGGUUUGAUAUUAGCAUGAAGCAACAGGGCCUUUUCUCACAGUUAUAUUUAAAAAAAAAAUUAUGUAAGCUUGACCAGAAAUAUAUAAGCCCAAUUAGAAAAAAAUUAGCAUGAAAAUUAGAGACCAGUUUUUCUAUACUGAGCAUAGGCUUUGAAAGCAGUCAUCCUGGAGUUGAUAUGCAUAAUCCAGAGUUGUUGGUGAUACUCAAAACAUUUCUGCAAUUGCCUUAGGAGCCCAAUUAUGAGACAGUCAGACUUGUAACAUUUUGAUCAUGCCUUGUGUUUUCCUAAGUGCCCUUCUCCCACUGAAUUGUGUCUCUCAUUCCUAAGACUUGUUCUGUAUGAUUUUUUUUUUUACUGUUUUCACUAAUCAGGUUUACCCCCUAAUCACAAAACUUUGUUUUAGUGUAGAUAUUAAAAGAAAAAUAUUACUGGUUUUGGAGAGUCUUCAGAGAGGAGUUUAAUUCAUAUCUAUCCUUUUCUCACUAACUCACUCACUUGGAGCCGUUCAAUCAUGGAAUAUUUACGUGCUCUCAUACCCAGGAUGAUAGCUAGGGAGAUCAUGUUUGGUAUGAAAGUGUUUAAGUGUCAAAGGGUGACUGUGUUGAAGGUGAAGAUACCCAAUUCAAUGCAUAAAUUCUGGGGAGGCAUUAAAAGUAAUUUGCAAUUACAGCUUGUGUAUCAUGUGUCUGGUACUCUAAUCUGGGGGGAGAGCGGUACCAGAUUAUUUGGAAAAAGGAUUUGAAAGUUAUUUUAGGGCAUUGUGAAUACCCAACUGAAAAUCCUAAAGAAUGAGAUGACAAUCUGGCAUCAACUGCCUGAAAUUACUAUCUGCAUUUAAAAUUAUCCAAAUUAAUUAGGAACUCCCAGACUGAAAAAAUAAAUUUCUAAAAAGAAGUCACACUUCUGUAUGUAUGUAAAAGCUUUUAGAAUUUUAGGGGAAAUUAUCCUUAUUUCCAUAGGCAAGUUUUAAAGCUUUAAUAUAACAAUAAUUGAUAAUGAUGAUACUAACUUCCACUUCUAUAUAACAACCACUUAAGCAUGCUAUAUUGCAUUAGAAUGAACCUGGAACACUUUUUGAUUAAUCAUUACUCUAAAAGCUGAUUCCACAAAAGUUAAUGCUGAAGAAUUAACCAAUCAAUAUUUCAAAGGGUAGCAAUCAUUUUUCCUAAUGACACCACUAUUUAGUAUAAAAGUUCAGAGGUCUACAAGAACUUUGGUUCUAUAAAUAAUUGACCCCCUGUUAGAACUGAUGAUAUGAUUUUAAAAUGUGUUUCUCAUGACUCAGAGAGUUGAUGAAUUGUUUUCCACCACUUCCAUACUUUCCAUUGAAACUCAGCCUGUGAUCCUGUGAAUCUUGAUUGUUUAUUGGCAGCUGAGCCAAGGCAGCUGUUGUAUCUGUCACCUGCUAUUGAUCUUUCUGCACCCAGCCCGCUGUCCACCUGUACUCUUGAUCCAAAAUAAUUCACAGAAACCUGUUUUAUCACAAGCUACCAUCUAUUCUAACCCAUGCAGUUCCAUUUCUGUAGUUUGUAUAUAAAAUUAAACCAGAUCCCUGUAUUAUAGAACCAUAAUUACUCCCAAGCAUAAAAGAACACCACAUAGAGACAAAUCAAUUAAUAUGAAAACACAGAUCUUAUGUGUCUGUGGCUGCUGUCGGGAGUGGCUCAUGAGCCAAACCAUGUGGAGAAAAUUCCUGAAAUUGGUCACUAUGUACAAAACAGGAUUUGGGGUUGGCGGGUGAACUUCUUUAGAAAAGAUUUUGUUUUUCAUGUCAAAGUGUCUAUUUUUAUUUGUUGAACUAUGUAUGCUCUGUUUUGAAGGAUGCUGUGACU